UUGCAAAAAGAGAAUAAAAAGGAAGGAAGAUAAAAAUGAAAUAUGUAUCUGGAAGUGGGAAAACAAAAAUCACUGAAAUGUAACUACUGGUUAUCCCAGCCAAUGAACUAUUGUGUUUUGUGCAGGGGCAUUAUUGUGUUGCUAUUAAGAGCAAGCAGGAACAGAUUUUAUUUUCCUAGCACCAGAUAUCCUGCCAUUUGUUGACUUUUUUUUUGUUUGUUUGUCUUAUAAUUUAUCUCAUGUUACUCAUUAACUGAUGUGGCUGAUGCUAUAGUCAUGUGAAGGAAAAUUACCUGCAGAUUCACUGGAAUCAGAAUUCUUCAUAAAAGAAAUUAUUUUUAAUCAUUUUUUUCCAUCAAUAUGGGACUUUUUCAAACUAAGGCUGAAUGAAGGAAAUAUCACACCAGGAAAAUGUUUUCAUAUUAACUAUGUAUGCAAGAACAGGUUAAAAAACUCUCUUGCUUUUAGCCUGUGUCUGGGUUAACAGUGGAAGAAUUUGCUUCAACUGCUCAUGAGAACUGAAGCUGGAAUACAGCAACGUCUUGAUUAUUUUGCUUCAUCUGUGAAGAAAUGUGCUAUCUGUGUAUAUGGAAUUAGAAGCAAAAAAGACUAAUAAGUCUGAGAUGUUAAAAAUCAUGUAACCAGAAGUGAUACAUGACUGUGGGAUUCACAUUCUCUGAACCUGAGAGAAGCAGAGAAGAGAAUGAUCAAAACAAUUCUUAUCUCAUUUGCUGCUCCUGUGUUUAUGCACAAGUGGAAUGCAUUGUGGAAGAUUGUUUACCUGAAGGGAUUUGGUAAUUGGAUUCUGGUAAUUCCAGCAGUGUUUUGAAGAACUCACCUUUCAGUUGUGACAAAGUAUCACGAAGUGCAGACCUUGAUCACAUUAUGGAGGAAGGCUCUGAACUUGACCUCACUUACAUCACAGAGCGGAUUAUUGCUGUAUCCUUCCCUGCUGGCUCUUCUGAGGAAACUUACCUCCACAAUCUACAAGAAGUAACGCAAAUGCUCAAAUCCAAACAUGGUGAUAAUUACUUGGUAUUAAACCUCUCUGAAAAGAGGUAUGACCUUGCCAAGCUUAACCCAAAGAUUAUGGAUGUGGGGUGGCCUGAUCUUCAUGCUCCACUUCUUAAUAAGGUGUGCACCAUCUGCAAGGCUAUGGAGUCCUGGCUGGGCAAUGAUCCUCAACACGUGGUGGUGAUCCAUUGCAGGGGAGGAAAAGGAAGGAUAGGUGUAGUCAUAUCAUCAUAUAUGCACUUUACCAAUGUUUCUGCAAGUGCUGAUCAGGCUCUAGACAGAUUUGCUAUGAAGAAAUUCUUUGAUGAUAAAGUUUCAGCUUUAAUGCAGCCGUCCCAAAGAAGAUACGUGCAGUUCUUAAGUGGCCUUCUAUCUGGAUCUAUGAAAAUGAAUGCAACCCCUCUUUUCCUGCACUAUGUUAUCCUUCAUGGCAUCCCCAACUUAGAUGCUGGGGGAGCUUGUUGGCCUUUUCUGAAGUUAUACCAGGCUAUGCAACCGGUUUAUACAUCUGGAAUAUACAUAGGGUCAGAAAAUCAAAGUCGAAUCUGCAUUGCUAUAGACCCUGCCCAGCUUUUGAAAGGAGAUAUUAUGAUAAAGUGUUAUCACAAAAAAUACAGGUCAGCUACUCGUGAUGUGAUUUUUCGCCUUCAGUUUCACACCGGAGCUAUACGAGGACAUGGCUUGGUGUUUGGCAAAGAAGAUUUGGAUAAUGCCAACAAAGAUGACCGUUUCCCUGACUACAGCAAGGUGGAAUUAGUGUUUUCAGGAACUCCAGAGAAAAUUCAAGGAUGUGAACACCUUCAGAAUGAUCAUGGAGUAAUAGUUGAUUACAAUACAUCAGACCCACUAAUACACUGGGAUUCCUAUGAAAAUAUGAGCCCUGAUGGGGAAGUGUUGCAUACUCAAGGUCCCGUUGAUGGCAGUCUGUAUGCAAAAGUGAGAAAGAAGAGCUCUACAGACAGCAACAUCCCUGGUGUUGCUCAGAGUAUUCAUAUUACAGGCAGUCCUGAUCACAGUGAUCAUACCCUGUCUGUCAGUAGUGAUUCUGCACACUCCACAGCGUCCAUCAGAAGAGACAAGACUGAGGAGCGCCUUGUCGCAGGAGUUAAAUGGGGUCUGAGCCCACAAGAGAAGGUAGAACUGGACCAGCUACUUAGUGGCUUUGGUCUAGAGGGUUCUGUCAGCAUGGCCAAGAAUAUGACCGAUACUCAAAGCAAGUACAGUGCUACUCACCACAUAAUGCCAGCUCACAUUCACAUGAAUGAAGUAACCAAAAUGAAGGACAGGGAGACUGAUAUUCUGGAUGAUGAAAUGCCUAAUCAUGACCUUCACAGUGUGGACAGCACUGGGACGUUGUCUUCCUCAGAAGGGCAGCACUCCACUCACCAAGGGAACUUCAGUUGCCACAAGAGCAGUCAAAACUCACUUCUUUCAGAUGGCUUUGGAAGUAAUGCUGGGGAAGAGCAUCACAAUGCUUUUGCUGCAGACCUGAGAAUUGGUGUGGAUUCCCUCUUUGAGAGAUCAUUUGGAAGCACUGAGCCAAAGUCAACUGAGCAAUUGCAACAGAAUCUUUCUGUCUCACCCCAUCCACAAGCCUAUGGCCCAAGUAACUAUUCUACUCAGACCUGGGUGCGCCAGCAGCAGAUGGUCACUGCUCACCAAUAUGGUUUUGCCCCAGAGAAUAAAAUUAGGGUUGGCAUUCAUAACACUGUGGAGAAUUUGGGCAGUGUCCAGAGCCAGUCCCAAGUCCCAGAUGCUCCAACACGUGGCUCUAGCAGCAGAGAUGCUGUGCAGAGAGGGCUAGGAAGCCUGCUGGGUGCUGCAGAAGCUGAAGAACAUGCAAGUGCUGACAAUUUUAAGUCAAGGCCAAUGCCUCAGAGGAACACAAAUGACCUGGAUCUAGGACAAAAUUCUGGGGACUUGCCAGCUUCUCCAACUUUGGAUAUUGAUCAGUCCAUUGAACAAUUGAACAGGCUGAUCUUGGAGUUAGACCCUACAUUUGAACCUAUCCCAACCUGCAUUAACACUCUCAUCAGUGACAGAAAUCAAGUAAAUGGCGUCAGCAGCCUUGAUGCUCACAUGGAAGCUCUUAACAGUAGUUCUGGCUUCCAUGACAAAUUUGAGGUCAGAAACAAGAAUGCCUCCAGACAUGCAACAAGUAUGCAAGAUGAUGAUGCAACAGGGAAAAGGCUCAGAAAGUUAAGUGUUGGGCAGUAUGACAAUGAUGUUCCUGGGGAAUCAUCCUAUAACAAGUGUGGAUGGAUGAAGUCUGCUGCUAGUUACCAGGCCGUAAUUCCAAGAUCGCCGGUUGCUGGAGAAAAAACCAAGGAGAUGAUUGUUGUACAUUACCAAGAUGAAAUAGAUGGGGAAAUCUUCUCCACAAUAAAAAAUGGAAAUGAAACUGUCACAUUCACAUCAGCUUUUCCCCUGUCACCAGAGGUGACAUAUGUGACAGCAGCUUCACCAUGCUAUCAGCAGAUUCCCUCCAGCCAAAAGGUCAGCAGCCCAUCUGAGCUGUACAGAACCAUUUCUGAAUCUCAAAGUUACAUGGAAACUAUUAACCUCUCUGUGGUGAUGUCUGAUGGAACCGUGGGCACUAACUCUUCUUUGCUGAGGGUCAACAUGCAGACUGAUCCCUCUUUUCAGCGCUGUUUUGCAUCUUCAUGUACUGUUGCAAAUAGCAGUCCUAUCCCUGGGGCAGAAAGCUCUUCUGCAGCAGAAUAUCCUUGGCUUGAAAACAGCUCUAAAGCUUCCCUGUCAACCCAGUUUUCAAUGGGAAACACCAGGCAGCCAGGAGGUUACCUUGUGCCCUCUGAAUUAUCAAGUGCUGCACAGGAUGUCUCUCUCCUGUCUCAUUUCCAAACACCAGGAAUGCAAGUUGUCACCCUGAGCAACCUGGAGAGUUCCCCAGCAAAGCCACACCAAGAACAUGAUAGCAGCAGCAGUGCCCAUGCCUACCUGAGCUACAGUGCUGGUACCAGGGACAGUAGCUCCCCCCAAGAGGAGACACAAGUUACUUGCAUGGCCAGUGCUAGCAUGUUUAAAACGCUGAGCUCAUCAGUGGCAAGUGCUGAUGACAGUGACUUUUUGACACAAAACAUUACAGUGGUCUCUGGACACAACAGCCAGAACAGCAGUGCAGUUCUGCAUCACUAUGGAGGGAAUGUACAUGCUCAACCGCCUCUUCCAGAGAAGAAGAGGUCCUCUGAAGGAGAAUGUUCCUUUUCCUCUAUGUCACCUUCUUCAAGUGACUUCUCUAGCCCUCACAGUGGAAGCACAAUCAGCAUUCCCUUCCCAAAUGUCCUCCCAGAUUUCUCAAAAAUGUUAAGCUCUUCCCCAGUGCCAGAAAACACAGCUGAUAAACAUGUGACGGUAAAAUUUGUUCAGGACACAUCCAAGUUCUGGUAUAAGCCAGAUAUUUCAAGAGAACAAGCCAUUGCUAUUCUAAAGGAAAAGGAACCUGGGUCUUUCAUUGUACGAGACAGUCAUUCUUUCCGGGGAGCCUAUGGGCUAGCAAUGAAAGUUGCCACACCACCUCCUUCUGUGCUACAGUUAAAGAAAGUUGGAGAUCCAUCAAAUGAACUUGUAAGGCAUUUUCUGAUUGAAUGUACUCAGAAGGGGGUACGCUUGAAAGGAUGCCCAAAUGAACCAUAUUUUGGGAGUUUGACAGCUCUAGUGUAUCAGCAUUCCAUCACUCCGCUGGCAUUACCCUGCAAGUUGCUCAUCCCAGACAGAGAUCCCUUGGAGGAGAUAGCAGAAACUUCUCCACAAACUGCUGCAAACUCAGCUGCAGAGCUUCUCAAACAGGGUGCAGCUUGUAACGUUUGGUACCUGAAUUCAGUAGAGAUGGAGUCCCUCACAGGAUACCAGGCAGUACAAAAAGCUUUGAGCCUGACACUAAUGCAAGAUCCAUCUCCUAUCUCAACCAUUGUCCAUUUCAAGGUGUCUGCUCAGGGAAUCACAUUGACAGAUAAUCAAAGAAAACUCUUUUUUCGGCGACAUUAUUCUGUCAACACCGUUAUUUUCUGUGCUUUGGAUCCACAGGACAGAAAGUGGGUGAAAGAUGGCCUUUCUGCAAAAGUGUUUGGGUUCGUUGCCAGGAAGCAAGGCAGUGCCACAGACAACAUAUGCCACCUUUUUGCAGAGCAUGAUCCAGAACAACCUGCCAGUGCCAUUGUGAACUUUGUAUCAAAGGUCAUGAUUGGAUCCCAGAAGAAGAUAUGAUGCCUUUCUAUCCUUGAUUCAGAACUCUUCACUGACUUCACGGAAGGAAAUCACUGUGAGAGGGAGAAAGGCUAUUCAGUAACAAUGUCUGAAUAUUAUCAUUCCCAAUAAGGAAAGCAGAGAAUGAUCUGUGUAUUGUGUUUGUGAGAGCUCAGGCUUUUACUUCAAGAAGCCUCACAAAGCAUUAUUUCUUUGUUUUUAUAUCAGACGACAAAACAAAAGAAGCUGGGUGCCACCCUAAACCACGUAGCCCUUACCUGAAUGAAAAGUGUAAAUGAAGAACUUUUCUCCUGAUGGGUUUCUAAUGUAUCUUCAUAUGCUGUUUCUCAUAGUUUAUUGGAGCAGAAAUACUUAGUAGAUUGAAUUCCUUUUUUGUUCAGGAAGUGUUUUGUAAAACCUCCACAAAGGCACUUGCUAUGGUUGCAUCAAUGGUAGUUAUAGGCCUUGCAAACAUGCUCAUAGGAGAAUGAUCAUCUGAGGAAAACUAUUUGCUCUUCCCUAUGUCUUUGUGAUCAGUGAUGAGAACUGAAUGGAGAAAGGGGAAGAUGUAUGUGAAGAGAACGUUUGUGCAAGUUGUUUUAUGGUAAGAAAGGAGUGGCAGUGUUGAAUAUUCAGGAAGAUUGCUCUGUAUUUAGUGCUAAGAAGGCUGAGCUGUUUUAGUUUGAAAAUUUGUCAAUAGAGCAGAAGUGGCAGAAGAAAAAGAGGUGUGAAAAUAUUUUCUAUAAUUAGGGGUUUUUUGUAUUUUUUUUUUAAUACAGAGAACUAAGCAGGGAAGAUUAAGCGUUUUAGUUAUUGCAGGAUAAAAAUGAGGGAAAAGCAAAGAGGAAGAUUGUAUAAUUUUUGCAUUUUUACCAGUGACAGAUUAUUUAUAGUGGAUUUCAGAUCUUGAUAUGUCAGAAAGAUAAUUCUUAACUAGACCACUGUUGAGCUUUACCUUUAGCACUAUUUUGUACAAGUAAAUAUGUAUGUAGCCUGUGCCUUGGUAGAGACAAUAGUCUGAUAUUUAGUCUUUUGUCUUACAGUGACAAGACACUUCCCAUUUUCUGCCUCUGCAGUACUGUUUUAUUCCCCUAUAUGAUAAGUAAUUAUAUUUAUGGAUUCUUCUGCCCCAUUAUUUUGCUAGAGUUCUGAGGAUCAUUUUACCUUUUGUUUUUUUCAUAUAUAGGAACUAUAUUUCAUAUGUUAUUCCUUGAGUUAGGGAAUCUGAAAGUGAAUGGAAUUUAUUUUGUUAUUUCAUCUCAUUUCUUGAGAGCAUUUAUGUCAUGAUUUCUACAUCCAUCACACUUGUAAAUAUCUCAUUCUCUUUCUUAACACAUUGAUAUUUGAAAUGCAUAAGAGAGUGCUAUUUAGCUUUAUAGGAAAUUGAUGCAGUAGGUUACAGUGGAAGCCUGCACAAGGAGAGUAAGCCACUGAGAUCUCCUGUGUAGUUCCCAUUCACUCAAAAAGAGCAGUACUAGACCUGUGUAUGAGAACUCAUAAUGCAACUUUAGUGUGGCAAGUGCUGAAAAAUUUCAUUGCUUCUAUUUCUUUCAUGUGUAGCUGUCAACAUUAUAUUAAUAACCUGAGGAAUAAAAUAACAUUCUGUAUUUUGCAUGUUGAUAGAUGAACCACUUUAUCCACUUGUACAUUUUAAUCCUUUUAUCCACCAAGUUUAAUUACAUUUGUCCUGUAUAAAAUAUGGGGGUUUUUUAACAGCUCUCUUUGUAUUUCCUGAAGUAUUAGGACCGUGUUAAAUUUUAUUCAGUGACCAUAGCUGAAGUCUUACCAAAUUAUUUGUGUAACUACCAAUUUUGUGUAAAUAACUUUAUGUUUUUUAAGAGGAAGGUGGUGAGGAAGAAAGAGAGAGAAGAAAUAUUUGAAGUUUAAUGUAUUUGCACCAGAAAGUGGUUUAUUAGUAGCAGUAGGCAUUGGAUAUCUAUAGGAGGGUGAAGCAAUCCAAAGUGCAGAAUUCAAUAGCUACCAUUGAAGCAACAAGGACAAGUACCUUUGAUUAGAAACAUAUAAUUCUAUUCUUUUGGAACAGAGGUAUACUACUUAAACAGUGUUUAUGUACCAUCCAAAAAAAAUGCAGUUCUUACAUCUAGGAGCCUUGCUCCUUUUAUAAAAUGUGAGAACAAGUUUUCUUUUGAGAUUCUUUUGGUGUACAAAGAUUCCAGUUGCCUAAUGUCAUCACCCUGUUGGAGCCCACAGAAAUUCUUCAGCUGACAUCUCAAGUAGAUUUCAGUCUCAGAUUUUAAUCUGAUGUGUUGUAAGAAUUGAAAUGAGGAGGAUUUUUUAUACUAUAUUUUUCACUUAUGUAGAUAAUAAAUUUUAGUGUGUCUUCUUAGACACUAAGUGUUGGCCUUUGGGCUGAAAGUAAAGUGGUUUUUCUUCCCCGUGUAUUUUCAUUUCCAUUCAGGACCUUAUUUUUUAUUCUUUGUGCUUUCUCAAGGUCUGCUGAAUUCAAAAGCAUGAGGGAUUGCAUGCUUACACUCCUGGUGGUAUUUUCUGGGAGUUUAGCUCUACUUGCUAAGUGGGAAAAAAGAAGUUACCCUGUUUCUAAGGGAGAUUUUCUAUUUUGCAUUCUUUUGGAUGGUAUAUUGCCAUGUGCAUUUGCUUUUUAAUGACUUUUAAAAUGGACAAAGCAAGAUAGUUCAGUAUAUACCAUUAUGUAGUUUGUGUAGAAAAAAAUUCAUGGAACUUAUAUGUUCAUGGCAAAUAUAAGACUAAUCUUUAUAUAGCACUUUCUUUCAAGAUUUUUGGUAGAUGUGUAUAUGCAAUUUCAUAACUAAUGGCAGCAAGUUGACACAUACAUUUAGCCAGACUCCUGUUAAUGUGGUUCGUAAAUACACUAUUAUAAUCAUACAGUGUUAAACUACAAAAAUGCUAAAAGCCAUGUUUUAAUUAACGGUUUCACUGUAUCAAAUACUGUCAUUAAAUAUUUAAUAUUUCUUUUUUGGUUUUUCCUACUAGUGAAAAUUUUCCUUUUUUUCCCCUUGAAACUGUAAAGAAGCAUCUAAAGUUCUUCAGUUUAUCAAUGAAUGUUCUAUAAAUUCUUUGUAUUUUCUCUGCUCUUCAGAUACUGCCUCUUUCAGAUUAUAAUAAAAUUACAAAUGUGAAAUUCCA